UAAUCACCCAUCACACUUAUUAAGACCCUGUGUGUGUCCUCCAUAGUCAAAACUGAAACCCAAAACCCAAUACGACACGCAUAUACAAUUCUGUAACAGAUGAUCACUUUGUGAUAUGGUGGUUGGUGCCAAUGGGGGAUCCGUACAGAACAAACCCGAACCCGAACUCUCUAGAAUCGGAAGACAUGUCUUCUUUCUUUCUCAAUUUUCUUCAAGCUAGUUCAUCCACCACUCCGGCGACUGGUUUUUAUAACCGAUCGGCACCGGAGUCAUCUUCUGGCCUUAAUUUCUCCGAUCCCGCCCGAUUUUAUGCCGCUGGGGAAUUUAAGGAAGGUGUUGAGAAUGUAUUUGCGUCUGCUGGCCUCGGGGACUGUGCCGAUCGGACCGAGUUUCUAGAAGAUGAUAAGGUCGAUAACUUCGGUUUCAGUAGCGAGGAAUGUGAUGGACUUGACAUGCCAAAUAAUCAGAAUCAUCCACGUUCUUCAAAGAGGAGUAGAUCUGCUGAAGUUCAUAAUUUGUCCGAGAAGAGGAGAAGGAGUAAGAUCAAUGAGAAACUGAAAGCAUUGCAGAACCUCAUCCCAAAUUCUAACAAAACUGACAAGGCAUCUAUGCUUGAUGAAGCCAUUGAGUAUCUGAAGCAACUUCAAUUGCAAGUUCAGAUGCUUACCUUGAGGAAUGGAUUGAGUUUAUACCCUGGAUAUGUUCCCGGAUCUUUGCAGUCAAUGCAACCUCCAUCUGGCAAUGAAUUUGAUGGGAGAAGUUUUAUGCUGAGUGCAAAUGGAGGAGCUACACUUCCUGCGAAUCGAGAAAUGCUGCAGACUGCAUUUGAAAUUUCCGAUCACAAUCCGUCAGGCAAACCAACAAUAACCUCACAUAAUACAGAAAACGCAAUAGCUUUUGAAACUACAAUUCAGAAUCAUUAUGGACUUCUUAACCAUUUGGCAUCUUCUAAGGACAUGUGCCGAGACAAUGCACUAUCAAGAUUGCAUUUAGAUAUGAGUUGUUCUGGAAACAAUUCAUCAUCAGGGGUGUCGUCUUAACCAAAAUUUCAAAGGAUCAAAUACUUGAGGAGUUGGUGUAGAGGAAAUAACUAUUGUUACUGCGAAACUCCAAUUGUUUGUACAUCUCAUAAGUUAAAUUGCCUCAUGGUCACUGAGGUAAAAUGAUCCUUAAUUGUUAUGCUCAAUGAGCAUGAACGGAACUGUGCUUUUGUAACUGUUGAAACUUAAGACUUGACAAGAUAACUAGUGUUGACAAAAUAACCAUUCAAACUUUUUCAGAUAGUUUUCAAGUUCUUCUAUUGUCAUACGUGAAAAUGAAAAUGUACUACUGUCUUAAAUA